CUCCCGACGACCACCAGCCGCCAAAAUGGUUUCCCAACGAGUCACUUACCGCCGCCGCAACGGCUACAACACCACCUCCAACCGAACCCGGGUCAUCAAGACCCCCGGUGGUGACCUCCGCCUGCUUCACAUCAAGAAGCGCGGCACUGUCCCCAAGUGCGGUGACUGCGGCUCCAAGCUCUCUGGCAUUCCCGCUCUCCGACCCCGCGAGUACUCCCAGAUCUCCAAGCCCCAGAAGACCGUCCAGCGCGCCUACGGUGGUUCCCGAUGCGGUGGCUGCGUCCGUGACCGCAUUGUCCGUGCCUUCCUCAUCGAGGAGCAGAAGAUCGUCAAGAAGGUGCUGAAGGAGCAGGAGCAGAGCCAGAAGAAGAAAUAAAUGCAAUUUCUCUAGUUGGCUUUUUCUGCGCGGGAAGGGCAAGGAACUCUGGGGACUCGGUUCACUGCUUUGGUGUUCAUUAGGGCAAAAGGGACUGCAUGAUACAUCGGGCCGGGGCCAGAAUGGCUGGCCGUCUGCCGUCUUUAGGACUGCUACCUUCCUCUUGGUGGUUUGAAUGAAAAAAGAACAUCAAGCUGGCGUGGACUGGAUUGCCGUCUGCAUGAGUGAUACUGGGGCUUCUUUGCGUGGGUGAUGUGAGUGCCAAGGUUUUGGCCUAUGUUCCGGGGUCUAGGUGAAAAGUUACUGGCGCCUUGAGGUUGAAUUAAUUCCCUUUGUGG